GCCGCUCUGGUGAACUUCACAGUAAAUUUAUUACAUUUUCAAGUACUAAACAACUUCAAAGUCUUUAUCUACCCAUUUGCCCGUAAUUGCCAAAUAAGAAGAAGACAUUGCAAGGAAAAAAAAGAUACAGAAAGAGAGAGAUUAAGAGAAAGGAUCUAUUUGGAACUUUUGGCCUGUGGGUUUUUCUUGUAUUGCAUGCAUGGGAGCAGUGGUUGUCUUGGAAUCUAUAUUAAGCAUGAACUGAAUACCUCUGAAAAUAAGACGCUGAAGGAAGUUAAAAGUCACCCAGCAAGGAAGCCUAGCUUAUCAGAAGAUUUUUGGACUACCAGCACUUGUGAUAUGGACAAUAGUGCAUUCAUGUCACAGGGAAGCAUCUCAUCAAUUAGCACAAACAACCAGGUUCUUGAUGCACAUGGUGGUACUGGCAUCACUAAUGCACCAUCUGAGUUUGUAAACCAUGGUCUUAUUCUCUGGAACCAAACUCGACAACGUUGGGUAGGAAAUAAAAUGUCUGAGAAAAGAGCUCAACAAGUGAGGGAACCCAAAUUAAAUUGGAAUGCAACAUAUGAUAGUUUACUUGGGAGCAAUAAGCCAUUCCCUCAGCCUAUUCCCCUCUCAGUAAUGGUAGAUUUUCUUGUCGAUGUUUGGGAGCAGGAGGGUAUGUAUGAUUGAGGCGAAGGAAUUACAAGAUAUGAUAUUUGAAGGUUUGUCAAAAAUUGAAACCCAUCUCAGCUGUAACAUUUGAUUUGCUUUCAUAGUAAAAAAUCAGUGAAGCAAAGCCGUGGACUGUAUAUCAAUUAUCAGUUGUAACAUGAUGGUCAUAUGCCCUAUGGUGGAUUUUUGUUACAAUUUAAAGGCCUCUUCGGACAUGAUCUUGUUACAGGAUGGAAGUUGGAACUGAUAAAAUAUUGGUCUGUUUUGAGCAACAAGUUGUUCCUUA